AUGCAUGUGCUCUUUUUCCUCCAUGCAGUAGGUGUGUUGUCCUGUACACGGAGUGUCCGAACGCGGAUAACUGAAACCACACACCAGUCGCCGUGCAGAAGGAAAAGGAACUCGUUUGGUUUGCGGCAACGGUCAUGUUGUGUACAUCUGCUGGAAAGUUUUGUUCUUCUUUGCUGCUUUUCGGAGUAUUUAUUCACUAUUCUCAAGAAGCAAGAUUUGACAUACAACGAAGGAGGCGGCAAUCAUGUAGGUCAAUGUGUAGAUCGAUUUGUAAGAUGUGAUGGUUUAGUUGAUUGUGAAGAUGGGACAGAUGAGACCUACCGGACAUGCCAAUCCCUUCCGUGUCCACCAUAUGCUUAUAAAUGUGAGUAUGGAGCAUGUGCAAAUGCUGAUGCAAAAUGUAAUAAGAUUAAAGACUGCGCUGAUGGAUCUGAUGAAAUGGGAUGUCCACUUCCACCUAGCAUAAUAUGCAAAAGAAAUCAAUUUGAAUGUAAGUCUGGCAUAUGUAUUGAUAAUCUCCUUCGGUGUGAUGGAACUACAGAUUGUGAUGACGGUUCUGAUGAAACUAAAGAUGCAUGUGGCUCAGUUAUAUGCCCAAGCUACUCAUUUCAGUGUGAUUAUGGAGCCUGCAUAGAUAAGGAUGGCUUAUGUAAUGGUAUUAAGCAAUGUGCAGAUGGUUCUGAUGAAACAACAGAAAGAUGUGGUAUGAACACCACAACCCCUAAACCUACAACACAGCCUACACCAUCCACUAGCUGCAAGUUGCCUUCACAACCUGAAAAUGGACAAUACAAACUUGGGGGCUGUAAUCCGCCAUGUCAACAUAAUCCUGGACAAAUUGUAAACAAUGCAUAUUUAAUCUAUACUUGUGACCCUGGUUUUGUGUUAUCAGGAUCACCAGCUGUAUAUUGUGAUGGAGGGUGGUCUGCUGCAUUUCCUACAUGUUCUCGAACCACUUGUUCAGAACUAAAUUUUCCAUCUCGAGAAGUAGAAUGUAUAUUAAAUAACCAAAAUGUGAAAUGUGAUCAACCAGUGGCUCCAGGAACUAAAGCUUUUGUUAAAUGCAAUGCAUUCUACAUCAACUAUAAAGAAUUAGAUGAUUUUGUUACUACUUGCCAAUCUAAUGGAACAUGGUCACAUCAAGUGCUUCCCUGCAAUCCAAAAUGUGGGGAACCCAACCCAAACGGUGUACCGUUUGUAGCUGGUAGUUCUGAAGCUAGGAAUGGAGAAUUUCCAUGGCAUGUAGGUAUAUACCGACUGCUUGAAGGGCGUUACCAGCAAGUGUGUGGAGGCAACAUUAUUACUGAACGUAUCAUUAUAACAGCUGCACAUUGUUUUUGGGAUACACCUUCACAAGUACAAAUUGAUAGUCGUGAGUACAGAAUAGCUGCUGGAAAAUUUUAUCGAGAAUGGAACCACUUAAAUGACACUCGUGUUCAGACCUUUGAGAUUGACAAUGUUGUACUUCAUCACAUGUUCAGGGGUACUGCCCGAAAUUGGGCAGAUGAUAUUGCAGUGGUAAAACUAAAAAAUAGUAUUGUGAUGAGAGUUGGAGUUGCGCCAAUUUGUGUGGAUUAUAAUGAGAAGUUUGAGAAUUUAUUUUCUCCUGGAAAAAGUGGAAUUGUAAUGGGAUGGGGAUAUACAGAAAAUCAAACACAAAGUGAUACCUUACGAAAGGCAACGUUGCCAUUUGUUGCAUUCGAAAUUUGCGAGAAAAAAGUGCCCCCAUCGUUUGUGCCUAUCCUUACAUCUGACAAAUUUUGUGCAGGAUAUGAUAACGGUACAAGUGUUUGUGGAGGAGAUAGCGGUGGAGGAUUUGCCACAAAAUUUAGAGAUGGAAAAUAUUAUUUAAUGGGACUAGUAAGUAUAGGUGUCACUAGCACAGAAAAUUGUAAUAUUUUUCAAUAUACAACUUUCACA